AUGAGCCGUGGAAACCUGGAGGUUGUGAAAGUGCUACUCAGCUAUGGAGCCAGGAUCAAUGAAGAAGAUAACGAGGAAAGGAACACGUUGAUGAUAGCUGCAAAGCACAAGUUCAACAACACUGUCAUUAGCUAUCUAAUCAAGACCGGCGCCAAAGGCGAUUCUGGGAGGUUAGAUGCGAAGAGGCGGGUUCGGCGCGCACAACUCUGGCACAAUUUCACUGGAAAGCUCAAAGUUGGUGAUUAG